GCGCGGGAGCAAAACGUAGAACGAUAGCCCAAAGCCAACACACGCUUCACCUUCUUCUUCCCUCCCCAGUGGAAUCUAUAAAAAUCCAAAUCCGUCCGUCCAAUCCAUCGUCAAUAUCGUUUCCCACCCGCCAUCCCCCCCUCUCUCUCUCUCUCUCUCUGCUUUGCCUUGCGCGCCAUGGAUGCCGCCGCGGCCACAACUCUGCUCCUCUCCGCGGACGCACCCCUCGCCGCCGGCCGCCGCCGCAUACUCCCUUCGCGGGCCGCACGCGGUGCAGCACAGCAGACCGCGCGCGGGAACAGGCGCUCGUCGUCCGUCUGCGCGUACGCUGCUGCCGCGGCGCCAGCUCCCGCCGCAGGGCGUCAUAAUGGAGUGUACACUGUUGGUGACUUCAUGACUAAAAAGGACAACCUCCAUGUCGUUAAACCGUCAACCUCAGUUGAUGAAGCGCUCGAGAUGCUUGUGCAGCACAGGAUCUCUGGUUUCCCUGUUAUCGAUGACAACUGGAAAUUGGUUGGCGUUGUUUCAGAUUAUGAUCUAUUAGCAUUGGACUCAAUGGCAGGAUGUGGACUUGCUGAUAAAAAUACAAGUAUGUUUCCUGAGGUAGAUAGCACUUGGAAGACAUUUCGUGAGAUCCAGAGACUCUUGAGCAAAACCAAUGGCAAAGUUAUCAGUGAUGUGAUGACUCCCACCCCUCUUGUGGUGCGUGAAACUACCAACCUCGACGCUGCUGCAAGAUUGCUGCUUGAAACCAAAUACCAUAGAUUGCCUGUUGUCAACAGCACGGGAAAAUUGGUUGGCAUGAUCACAAGGGGGAACGUCGUCAGAGCUGCUCUCAAAAUUAAGAAGAAAGCUGAAGAAGGUGCUUAAAUUAGAUAAGUGUAGAUGAUUCUUUAUAAGGCGGCUUUUUGGCAAUUCAGCUCAUUGAUAAUUGGCUAGCACAGAAGCAGAUUCUCCCUGGAGCAUAGAUGGGUAUGAUAAUAUUUACUGUGAUGUAAGUAGUGUGUAUUGUUGCAGAGAAAUGUAUUAUAGGUGUUGCACUAGGCAACUACAAUUCAUUUGUGGUCAGCGUACGCAGCUGUCUCUUGGUAUUAGGUAGCAGCAGCACAAUGUAUGGAGGUUAAUAUUCUCUCUCUUUUUCUCUCUGUCGAUGGCUUCUACGAGCA